AUUUAAGUUCUGGGUUUUCUGUCUGUCUUUGUCGGUUUGUCUUGUUCCAUGACUAGUUCUGUGGUGAGUGUUCUGUUUUGUCAUUGUAUAUAUAUAUAGAUAGAUAUAUCUAUAUAUAUAUAUAUGUAUUUAUAUAUAUUUAACAAAAAGACAGACCUUAGAAGGAAAAGUGGACCUUAAAAAAAGGGCGAAUGACACUCUGGUAGCCUCAAAAUAAAGCACUUGCUCAAAGAGAAAAAGGCUGAAGUGGGUUGAAGCAUGGGCUGUGCUUCAAGUAUUCAUAUCUCUGAUAGGGUGGUCUACCAAAGUGGAAAAGAGUCCGAGGAUUCCCACUCACCCCAGCAGACUAAUACCACUCAGCAAGGAAAUCCUGCCUCGGCACUACCCCUAAAACCCCCGAGCUGCAAGACCACAUUAACAGAGGUGCAAUUUGGACCAAUGAAGUUAUUUAAAGACCCACUUCAGGUACUUUUAGUUUUUUCCAAAGAGGACAGUCAGAGUAAUGGCUUCUGCUGGGCAUGUGAGAAGGCCAACUUCAGGUGCAGCAUGGCACGAACACCCGAGUCGGCUCUUGAAUGUUUCUUGGAGAAGCAUCAUGACCUCGUCAUCAUUGACCACAGACAUUCCAGACACUUUGAUGCUGAAGCACUAUGCCGGUCAAUUAGAGCGGUCAACUCUUCAGAAAACACUGUGAUAGUCGCUGUUGUGAAAAGGCCAGACAGAGAGGAAGCCUCUGUGAUGCCCCUGAUCAACGCCGGCUUUAAUAGGAGAUAUGUGGAGAAUGCCAAUAUGAUGGCCUGCUAUAACGAGCUGCUACAGUUGGAGCAUGGAGAGGUGCGGGCGCAGUUCAAACUGAGGGCUGGAAAUGCUAUUUUCACAGCUCUAGAACAAAGCCAAGAGGCCAUAGAGAUCACUUCUGAAGAUCAAGUAAUUCAGUACGUGAACCCGGCCUAUGAGUCGAUUAUGGGUUACCAACGAGGCGAGCUAAUAGGGAAGGAAAUAAUAGAAGUGCCUAAAAGUGAGAAGAAUAAGCCUGAUCUCCUUGAAACAAUAAAUUCCUGCAUACGGAAAGGAAAGGAGUGGCAGGGGAUUUAUUAUGCCAAAAAGAAGAACGGAGACAGCAUUCAGCAAAAUGUGAAGAUCACACCUGUAAUUGGACAGGGAGGAAAAAUCAGACACUAUGUGUCUAUCAACUGGCCUUUACAUGAUAAUAAUAAGAGCGAUAAAUCCACUGAACGUGUGCAGGCAGAGUCUCAGACAGACAUCCAAUCUAGUAAGCACAAAGACCGGAGGAAAGGCUCUUUGGACGUCAGGUCCACAACUUCUCGGGGGAGCGAUGGGAGCUCGCAGCGAAGGCACUCCUCAAUGGCCCGAAUCCACUCCAUGACUAUAGAGGCUCCCAUCACCAAGGUAAUCAACAUCAUCAAUGCAGCGCAGGAGAGCAGUCCAAUGCCCGUGGCAGAGGCCUUGGAUCGGGUACUGGAGAUCCUGAGGACGACUGAGCUCUACUCCCCGCAGUUUGGCACCAAUGAUGAGGACCCCCAUACGAAUGACCUCGUGGGGGGGCUGAUGACGGAUGGCCUACGCAGAUUGUCAGGAAAUGAAUACAUCUUGGCCUCGAAACAGCCCCACCAUAUGCCCAGUCACCUGACAACCCCUCUGACUUUAAAUGACAUCCCCCCUCGUAUCGCCCAGACCAUGGAGAACGAGGAAUCUUGGGACUUCGACAUUGUGAACUUGGAAGCUGCAACUAUGAAACGGCCUUUGACUUACUUGGGCAUGAAGAUCUUCUCCAGAUUUGGGGUCUGCGAGUACCUUAACUGCCCUGAGGCCACUUUGCGCUCCUGGCUUCAAGUAAUUGAAGCUAACUACCACUCCAGUAACUCCUACCACAACUCUUCUCAUGCAGCUGAUGUCCUGCACGCAACAGCGUAUUUCCUCUCCAAGGAGAGGGUCAAGCAAAGUUUGGAUCCCAUUGACGAGGUGGCCGCCCUCAUUGCUGCGACUGUUCACGACGUGGACCACCCAGGCCGCACCAACAGCUUCCUGUGUAAUGCAGGAAGUGAACUGGCCAUCCUCUACAACGACACCGCUGUGCUAGAGAGCCACCAUGCAGCACUGGCCUUCCAGAUCACUACAAGAGAUGAUAAGUGCAACAUCUUCAAAAACAUUGAAAGGAAUGAAUAUCGAACGCUACGACAGGCCAUCAUUGAUAUGGUGCUCGCAACUGAGAUGACCAAACACUUUGAACAUGUCAACAAAUUUGUCAACAGCAUCAACAAGCCACUGGCUGCUCUGGAGGAAAAUGGGGGAAGCAGCGAUGAGGACUCCGCCAAAAGCAUUCUGACGUCCCCCGAGAAUCGCAUCCUUGUCAAGCGGAUGCUCAUUAAGUGUGCGGACAUCUCCAAUCCAUGCAGGCCUCAGGAGCUCUGUAUAGAAUGGGCCGGGCGCAUCUCAGAGGAGUAUUUUGCACAGACGGACGAGGAGAAGAGACAAGGUCUACCAGUGGUUAUGCCUGUGUUUGACAGAAACACGUGUAGCAUCCCAAAGUCUCAGAUUUCCUUUAUAGACUACUUCAUUACGGACAUGUUUGACGCAUGGGAUGCUUUUGCAGACCUUCCCAACCUUAUGCAGCACUUGGACAACAACUUCAAGUACUGGAAAGGCCUUGAUGAGAGGAAGCUGCACAGCCUGCGACCGCCUCCAGAGUAGGCGCUGCAGUGUUGGGUCCUGGGACUCUGCGGUCCGGGGCAGCCCUCCUCUCUCCUGCCAGGGCGUCUCUCUCCCUGCCAGCCCAGCCAGCCACUGGGCCUCCUUGCCUUCACUCUUCUGCUUCUGUAGCAUGCUGAGCGUCCACAAGUCCGUCCAUACAGAAACCACAGAAGGACUUCCUGGCAGGCAGUUGCAGCUGGCUUGUCAGAUGAGAACUGUGACAAACAGACACGGACACACAGCAUCCUUAUGAACUCCUCGUGCCUCUCAGGCAUCCGCAGUGUAGCUGGCCAAGUGACACGACUGAGAGAUGGUCCUAACAGGCCUCCUGGCAAAGCCUCCAUCCCUUAUUUACUACAUGAGCACUCCUGUCUGCCUGUGAAGUUGCUGUUUGAGUAAAAACUGCUUGUUAGCUGAAGGAGCUAGCAACACUAGAGGAGUGGGUGAAAUGUGGCCUGGAUAUGAAGGUGACCAAUCCACAUCAGGCCAUAUCAUAAUUACCUUUGACCUCCAUCCCUGUGCUCGAAUCAAGGCAGGACUGCUCCUUCUGCCCCCAGAGGCCACACCAUGAAAGAACACUCCACUGCUUUUUUUUUUUUUUGCAACACUUUCAUGUGUCCUUCAGAAACACAUCCAAGUGGACACAUAGCUGUCAUAACAGACAUGUGGGAGGGGAUGCUUUCUCUUUGGGUCAGGGAGUGGAUCUUUACUUUAGGCCACUGCUGAGAGACAAACACCUCAACAUCAUGAUCAUAGGUAACUAAUUACCCAUGAUUUGGUAUGUUAAUUUUCUUAGUUUUUCCUUAUUUUAUAUAAUAAAAACAUUCAUAAAUGAAUGAGUUGAUAAGUAAGAACAAAUAGAAAUUUCAAAAAGAGAGAGAAAAGCCAAAGCUGAUGAAAACAAAUAAUAUAGCUAAUUAUUACUCAUACAAAGCAUUACCAUAAUAAACAUGUUUAUUUUCUUAUCAAAAGUACAGUACCAGUUUGAAUGAACACUUUUGUAUUGCACUGUAAACAAUAUUAGAAAUGUCUACGUCUCAGUGAUUUGUCCAGGGAUGGGAUGGUGUGUGUGUGUGUGUGUGUGUGUGUGUGGCGCAACAAUCCCUUGCUCUUGGUUUAAUGCUGUACACCGCUUGACAUUUGACAACAGCAGAAAUAUGUGAAAACAUUUUGGACUUGAACAUUUUUUCUCCCAGAGAUUUUUGUAUCUGGUUUAUCCUACUGAAAAGACUGCCUUAUUUUAUACAAUAUUUAUACAGUACAUCCCACUGUGCAACUGCAACGGACAUCUGGAGUUUUUAUUAUAACAUAGUCAAAAGGUUAUGUUCAAGUAAAUCUCAAUAUUUUUAUAGACAAUGAAUUUUACACUGGAUUUGCAGCAAAUGAGAUCAACCAUUCUAGCUAUCUGAAUACCUGUGAAGUGGAUGGUCACACAGAGCGUGUAUGCAGAGAUCUAAAUGGUUAGGAAGGAUGUGGAUCGCAGAGUUGUCUAUCACUGUUUUUGAAGCAGUCUCCUAGAGGCCUGCUUGCAUUGAUUUUUUUUAUCAAGCAUCAUUAUAUUUUGGCCACUUGUCCAACAUCCUUAUGCACAGACCCAGGGAACAGCUUUCUGUUCAAGGCUGGUUUCAGAUUAGGAUACUAAUAUAUGUAAAAGAUUGUUGCUUAUUAAAAAAAUCCUCUUUAAACAGUAUAUUGAUACCAUAACAGCCAAGCAAAUUAUGGUUAAUAGGAAGUUAUUGACCAUGGUUAUGUUUGUGUCUCUCUUAUGACAGAAUUGUACUCUCAAUCAGGGGAUUUGUUUGUUCCUUCUGAUUCAAAUGUUGGUCUGAAGGCACGGAAAAAAAUAGAAACUAUUCAAUGAAAAAUAAAAUAAUGUCAAUUAUAA